AUCACACCUCACUAACAUCUACUCUGAGGUCUGGAGGUUAGGAAGACAUGUCAUCCUCCUGAAGUCUUCUCAACAGAUCUGUAACCACACAGAGCGGAGGAUGGCAGUGUCCGUGCCCAGCAGUGCCCUCCAUGUCGCCAGCAUGGCCUCCUAUUACCCCACAUUCAUUCCCCAGGGUAACCCAUACCUGGGCAUCCUGGCCAAUACCCCCCACGACCUGUUCCAUCCCCUGAAGUCUCUGGGGAGACUAGUCACCAAAUCCUCACCCCUGGGGCCCAUUCAUUUCAGGGACAUAUCGUCCAUCCUCACCCACAGCCCUCCCCCCCGGGAGCCCCUCUUCCCUCACUCUACAUGCCCCAUGUUUGGUAAGACCCCGAAUGGACUGAGCAGUAAGGAAGCCCCCUGCCGUAAUAAUAAUAAUAAUGGGCAUCCACUGGAGGCAGGGUUCCUCCUUAAUUCUCCACACAGCCCCAAAUCAAAGAAGUCCAAGGGGGCCCCUGUAAGGAGUUCUCUCUGUCUGGAUGUGAUGAGCCCGGGGACCACCUACCAGUUCACAGAGGAGGAGCUGCACACUGUCCUGUACGGGUACAUGAGCCCCCCCGCGGAGCAGAGACCCCCGACCCGCACCGCACACGCCAUCUCCGGGCUCCGUAUCCCGGACCACUGCACAGGAGGAGAGCCCCCAUCUGUGGACAGGGAAUCUCUGCAGUUACCGGAAGGACUGAUAGUGCUGAGAACGAAAUAUGGAGCUUUCCCCCAGUCCGGGGUCUUCAGUACCAGAGUCAUCCCAAAAGGGGUGAAAUACGGCCCCUUCCAAGGGAGGGUGGUGAACACCAGCGAGAUCAAGACCUAUGAUGACAACUCUGUGAUGUGGGAGAUCUUUGAGGAGGGCAGGCUGAGCCACUUCAUAGACGGCAAGGGGGCAUGCGGUAACUGGAUGGCGCUUGUGAACUGCGCCCGAUUCCCAGAGGAACAAAACCUGAUUGCAGUUCAGUGUGAGGGCGACAUUUACUAUGAGACCUGCAAGGAGAUCGCGCCCAGGCAGGAGCUGCUGGUCUGGUAUGGAGACUGCUACCUGCAAUUCCUGGGCAUCCCAGUCAGCCUGAAGGGCAUGGAUGAGGGCAAACAUCCCUUCCAGCAGACUGAAGAUUCCGGAGAGGGAUUCAAGUGUGAGAGAUGUGGUAAAGUGUUCGCCUAUAAAUAUUACCGGGACAAGCACCUCAAGUACACCCGCUGUGUGGACCAGGGGGACAGGAAGUUUCCCUGCAACCUGUGUACGAGGUCCUUUGAGAAGAGGGACAGGCUGAGGAUCCACAUCUUACAUGUUCAUGAGAAGCACCGACCCCACAAGUGCACGGUAUGCGGGAAGAGCUUUUCUCAGUCAUCCAGUCUCAACAAGCACAUGAGAGUUCACUCUGGUGAAAGACCCUACAAGUGCGUCUACUGCAACAAGGCAUUUACGGCUUCCAGUAUCCUCCGCACCCACAUACGACAACAUUCUGGAGAGAAGCCCUUUAAGUGCAAGCACUGUGGCAAGGCCUUUGCGUCACAUGCCGCCCACGACAGCCACGUGCGCCGCACACACAUUAAAGAUAAAGGCUACAGCUGCACUAUGUGUGGACAGAACUUCGUGGAGCUGGAGGAAUUCCGAUAUCACAUGCAGAUCCACUCUGCUCUCUAA